CUGCGGGGGGGCAGAGCCCGGCAGAGCCCUGCCCAGCCACCCCCUUUCCUCCGCCCGUCCCGGGCCCGCCGGCGGUGCGGCUUCGGAAGCAGGGCCCGGCCGCCGGCAGCGCCUCGGGGACGGGGAAGCGAGCGGCAGCGCCGGCGUCCGCCCGAAGCGGGGCGAAACCCCUACCAUAUGCAAUUGAGUAAAUGCAAGAAUGUAUGGCGAGCCAGGAAGUCUCAUUACCACAGUAAACAACACUUACAAUUCCAUCCUAAGUAUGCUUUCAAUUUUAACUAAUUAAUUGUUACAGAAGUACUGAUUCAAAGAUCCCAAACAACUGUCCUAUAGAAACAAGGGGGGAAAACAAUCCUACUUGGCAACAAUGAGGCAUUUUCACUUCUGUAAGCUUCCAGGAAGAGUUAUGGGAAUCCGCCUACUACGCUUCACUUCUGUGGUGAUCGUUGUCUUACUUCUGGUGGCAGGUGCUUUAACAGCUUUGCUUCCCACUGUCAAAGAUGACAAAAUGCCUAAUUUGAGAAGGGAACCAAAAGCCCAGAGUCAGUCUGCCUUGGAUUCAUUUACUCUCAUUAUGCAGACAUAUAAUAGAACUGACUUACUGCUAAAGCUUUUAAAUCAUUAUCAAGCCAUCCCCCACCUACAUAAAGUAAUUGUUGUGUGGAACAACAUUGGUGAGAAGAUACCAGAGGAAAUGUGGAAUUCCUUGGGGCCUCAUCCUGUCCCCGUUGUCUUUAAAGUUCAAACUGUAAAUCGCAUGAGGAACAGACUCCAGAAUUUCCCUGAGCUGGAAACAAAAGCUGUUUUAAUGAUGGAUGAUGAUACACUAGUCAGUGCGCAUGACCUUGCUUUUGCCUUUUCUGUUUGGCAGCAAUUUCCAGAGCAUAUAGUGGGAUUUGUUCCUAGAAAGCACAUUUCUACUCCUUCAGGCGUAUACAGUUAUGGCAGCUUCGAAUUGCAGAACCCUGGCUUUGGAAACGGAGAUCAAUAUUCCAUGGUUCUUAUUGGUGCAGCGUUUUUUCAUAGUGGGUAUUUAGAAGACUUUCAAAGACAGCCGGAAGCUGUUUACGCCUUAAUAGAUGAAACUCAAAAUUGUGAUGAUAUUGCCAUGAAUUUUCUGGUAGCCAAGCACACUGGGAAGCCUUCAGGAGUGUUUGUGAAGCCUGUUGAUAUAAGAAAUUUAGAAAAAGACACUAACAGUGGCUAUUCUGGAAUGUGGCACAGAGCAGAGCAUCUGUUACAGAGAUCUUACUGUGUAAAUAAACUGGUUAAUAUUUAUGAUGGCAUGCCUUUAAAAUAUUCUAAUAUCAUGAUUUCUCAGUUUGGCUUUCCUAAUUAUGCCAAUCACAAAAAUAAAAUGUAAGCCAAUGAUUUGAAGGGAUUAGAUGUUAAACAGUAAUAAGUGAAUUGUACUGAGUCUGAGGAGAGAAGAAGGUGUAAUUACAUGGCCAUUCUUAUUUGUAGCCUCUGAAUUUUUUCCAUUUGGCUUUUUUUUUUUUUGCCUUUCUUACUAAUUCUCCAAGGUAAGUUUUGAGAAAACUUAAAGAAUAUAUACUAAUGUUUAGCUGUGAUAUAAUCAUCCUCUCUCCUUAAAACAUGAAAUGCUGUUAUAAUUAAUUAGGCUAGUUCUUCAGAAACGUGCAGACAGAAAUGCACUCCUACGCUUCAGUGCUUAUAUUUUGAUUAUUUUUUAAAUAUAUGUGUCUAGUCAAAUGAAGUCUAGGCUUAUUUUUGAUAGUUUUAUGUUGAGAUGCUCCCUUGUCUUCCCCCUCCUCUCCUCGCCUCCCCCUACCCAGUUCCCAGUGAAACUCUAGAAGGGCUACAGUGAACUCUUGGCCAGGCUUCUAGACUCCUGUACAAAACCCCUCUGAAGGAUGUAUAUAAGCUAUUCUGUAUUCUGAGAUGUUCCUGAAGCUGCUAUGAAAGCCAGCCAGAAAGGAGUACCUCACCUUCAUCUCUGAUAGUCCUAAACCCAUUGCCUACAAUAUCUGCUGCUGCUGAGACAGUGGAAAAUGAUCUCUGAUGUGGCUUUUUUACCCCUAUUAUUAAUAUGCCUAGAGUUGCUGAAACACUGCAGGCAGCUGAAAGGUAAAACCUAGCAGUUGGAAAUGUAAGAAACAUGAAUACAUGAAAUAUAGCUCAUCCAUUUCUUCUGGCUGCUUAUAUAAGCUUUAUAAUUUAUUAAUACUCUUUAGUACUUUGUUUUAUUUUGACAUUUUGCAUGUACAUUGUUACAAAAACGUGCCCAAGAAAAUCCUCACUUUUAAAAAAAUAUCUUAUUUAUGAUUCCUAAUAAGAGCAAGCUGUUGUACAUUUAUUACAGAGUGUACAUUUUGUAAUGCCACAGGUCUACUGUUUUUUUCAACUGCUCUUUCAAAUGAGUCUUUACUCUUUGGUUCCUUUCAUCUCUGUCUUCGGUGGCUAUGACAACAGAGUUAAAAUGUGCAAUUAAUGGGUAAAAGCAUUAUAAAAAGGAAGUAUUUUUGACAGGGCUGGACUAUUAUCAGUCUCUGAAUUCCCUGGGGACUCUGUAAUUCUGGAUAUGUGUUAACAUGGACAGGACAAGCCUUUUCUACUGCAGUUACAGAACUUUUUUUGUGAUACGGAGGAAAGGACAAAAGACAGUAAUUUUCCUGGACGACAGAGAAGAAUCAAAUCUGGCAUCCAAAGUAGGUUCAGUUUCAUCUGCGUCAGCUUUUAACCAAUUCUCAGUAUCAGUUAAAAGGUAUCUAUGGGCGAUCAGUAACAGCAAAUACCUAGUACACAAAUAGCAUCUGCACAAAUGGUGUAUAAACUUAUUUUUUGUCAUCAUCAUUUGAACCAAAAGUGGUUGAAAAAUGUUCAAGUUCUUCACAGCAGGGCUGAUUCUGAGUGUGAGUCUUUGGGUUCUUUUGCCUUGUUCUAUCAGUGUUAAAGGAUUUGGUUUCUGUUCAGUGAAGUCUUCCUAGUACUUUUGCGAGAUUUAAAGGGCAAAAUCUUAAUAUGGCAAUGCAGUCUGCUUAAUUUUGUUGUAAUGGUGACAAGUAGCUUUUAAUUAUUGUGCUGUAGUUAUAAGUGGUAUACAAACAGGUUUAUGAUAUUUCCAGAAAUGCAGCUUUCCUAAUAGUAGUUCACUGCAUUUCAUUUACUGACUGGUCUUCUGUGAUUUCUGUUCUGUGCAGUAUCAGCUACAAUUGUGAAGACUCACCAAUGUUGUUUACCUUACUCUAAAAUGUGAAAUGAACUGUCAACUCAGCCACAUCUUAGUAUUGGGUUCUUUGUAGGGGGGAAGGAGUUGUUUUGGGUUGGUUUUUGGUUUUUUGUUGGGUUUUUUGUGUGUGUUUUUUUGGUAGUUCCUCUCUAUCAGUGAAAGAAUUACUAGAACAAGCUUUUAUUAUACUGGUAAAUUUAAUUUGUACUGUUGUCAAAUAAAAUCUGUAAAACAGA